UUUCUCGCUUGCAUGGAAGGCUCGGCGAUGAAGGAGCAGCAAUGGCACUUACUCUGCACGAUGGAAGCGCAACGGAUAAACGGAUGGAUAGGACCAUGGUGGGAUGAUAUUUCAAUUCUCAAGGGCAUUACAGGCGUUAGCAGGAGCAAGCACAUUGCUCAGUAUAGUUUCAGCGAACUUGAUACCCUUCAAGACGUUCUAUCGGAAUUCCGUGGUCUAUUGGGUCAUGACUCAUCAUGUUAUCCCUGAUCUAUUUCUGCAGCGCCGAUCGUCUUUCAAGCACACUUUCCACAAGACGCGCCGAGGUCUUGUGAAAACCCGUGAACAGACAAGCAAACCAGGGACCUGUAAUGCAGACUAUACUGUACACCUCUAAUCCACUAACAAUAAUAAACUCAGCGCAUCGCUGUCUAAUAAACCCGAUAGUUUCAGGGGAGAA